GCAGUGUGCGGCGCCCACCUCCGCGCCCUGGUGCGCACGCAGGAGCUCUCGCACGCGCAGUUCGGGGACGCCCCGUAUCCGGGGGGCAGCGACUGCCGCUGGGUGCUGGCGGCCGAGCCGGGCUACGGGGUGGAGCUGAUCUUCCAGAGCUUCGAGGUGGAGGAGGAGGCGGAUUGCGGCUACGAUUUCCUGGAGCUCUUCGACGGAGCCGACGACACCGCGCCGCGCCUCGGCCGCUUCUGCGGCUCCGGGCCCCCGAGCCGCUGUACUCAGCCGGAGAUGCGGUGCUGCUGCACUUCCACUCUGAUGACACCAUCAACAAGAAGGGUUUCCACCUGCGCUACACCAGCACCAAAUUCCAGGACACGCUGCAUGCCAGGAAGUGACGGCAGCCCGCAGCCCCCGAGGGGGGGCAGAUGGACGGGAAUGGGGGGGGGGCGGCCAGGGAGCUCCAAACCCACA